AUGACUCUCCAGGAAGACAAGGCCGUACUCGAAGCUCCCAUGGGCGAGGGCGAUAGCAUUUCACUGGGAAUUUCAACGCCACCGAACGAGGCAUCCGAUCUUGAGAUCAAGAAUGUCAACGAGAAGGCUCUCUUGAGGAAGCUGGACUGGCAAUUGCUGCCGGCUGUUGGGAUACUGUACCUGCUCUCCUUCCUGGACAGGUCCAAUGUCGGCAACGCGCGCAUCGAAGGAUUGCUCGACGACGUUGGCAUGACCGGCAACCAGUAUCUCACAGGUCUCACCUUGUACUUUAUCGGUUACGUUCUCUUCGAGAUCCCGUGCAAUGUCAUCCUCAAGCGAACCUCGCCCCGAAUGUGGCUACCAACGCUGGGUAUAGUAUGGGGUGUCGUGGCCACACUGAUGGGGCUAGUGCACAACCUGCCUGGUUUCUUCGCCUCGAGGUUCUUUCUGGGAGUUGCAGAAUCAGGUCUGUUUCCCGGCGUUGUGUUUUACUUCAGUAUGUGGUACAGACGUCGCGAGAGACAGUUUCGAAUCUCCCUGUUCUUCAGCGCGACGAGUCUGGCCGGUGCCUUUGGCGGGAUACUUGCCUGGGGCAUUGGGCACAUGAGAGGAAUCGAGUGGGAGAACGGUUGGCGCUGGGUCUUUAUUCUUGAGGGUAUCGCCACGGUGGUCGUUGCUUUCGGCGCAUACUGGUUUGUUCAGAAUUAUCCUGACACAGCCAAGUUCAUCACCCCAGCGGAACGUAAAUUUAUUCAUGCGCGUCUCGCUGCUGACAGCGACGCCACCAUCGACGAGAGGUUCACGUGGGGGAACGCCCUUGAGGCCAUCAAGGACCCCAAGUGCUGGCUGUACGGGUUGGGCUUUCACACCAUGAGUCUGCCGCUGUACACCUUCUCCCUAUUUCUGCCUACCAUUAUCCGCAACUUGGGCUAUACAGCAGCCAUCGCCCAGCUCCUGACGAUACCUCCAUACGCCUUUGCGUUCGUCACCACGUUGACCGUCGCAGUGUUGUCGGAGCGUCUGGUCCAACACGCCAUAUUCAUCGGCGGCUCUGCCAUUUUUGCGUCUUUGGGGUACAUUAUCCUGCUCGCUAACACAGAUCCUGUCCACCGGCCUGGCCUGUCCUAUGCAGGUACUUUCCUCACUGCCGGGGGUAUCUAUCCUGCCACGGCCCUCGUGCUGUCCUGGCCGGCCAUCAACGUCUCCGGGCAGACGAAGCGUGCCGUCGGCAACACAAUGCAAAUCACAAUCGGCAAUUGUGGUGCCGUGCUGGGCACGCAGCUCUACAGGUCCGGUGACGGACCCAGGUUCAUUGUAGGCCACAGCUUUGCACUGGGCUAUCUCUGGGCCAACGUCGUCGUCUGCACGAGCCUCUGGUGGGUCCUUCGAAAGGAGAACAAGAGGAGGGAGGCCAUUUGUGAGGAAGUCAAGGCCGUGGGCGAGCUUGGAGACUGGCCAGGUGACAAGGACCCCAGGUGGCGCUUCGAGUAUUAG